AUGUCUGGUUCUCCUUCCUCACACUUCGGUGGAUUCAAACGCGCUUCCAACCUGCCCUCCCUUUUCGUUCGGGCUUCAACCGAACCUUUGAAGACUCGUCUGAAGAAUGGAGAGAAGCUCAAAGGGAUGCUCCUCUUCUCGGCCUCACCCACUCUGGCGGAGAUUGCUUCAUUGGCGGGAUACGACUUCGUGGUCGUCGAUCUUGAGCAUGGGCCGGCUGACUUUUCUGCUGCUCUAGCAUGCAUUGGGGCGACGGAAGUUUGCGGAGGCAAAACGGUUAUUAGAUUGCCGGAGAUCUCUGCUGCGUGCGCUAAGAAAGCUUUGGAUCUGGGACCAGAUGGAAUUAUGUUUCCCAAAGUUGAAACGGGAAAAGCAGCGGCUGAAGCUGUCUCUUUCUGCUCUUACCCGCCUCAUGGCGUUCGGGGAUGUGCCUACACUCUUGUCAGAGACUCCAAGUUUGGAUUCAACAAGAGAUAUUUGGAAGAUUACCGUGAUAACAGGCUCAUAAUGUGCCAGAUUGAAUCGGAGGAAGGUGUGAAGAACGUAAAUAAGAUCGUAGCCGUUGAUGAGAUGGAUUGUGUGAUGAUAGGGCCUAGGGAUCUGAGCGCGAGUUUGGGGCUUCUUCAUGACCCUGGGAACAAGAAGGUGAAGUCCGCCAUGAGGACGGAGGAGAUGGCGGUUUUGGAUUCUGAUCUGGUGAAUGUCGGAGCUUACUUGGCCGGAAUGGCGACGGAUUAUGACAAGGCGGUGAAUCUCAAGGCAUGUGGGUAUCACCUUGUGCUGGGAUCAGCUGAUGUGUCUCUGUUCAAGAAGGUCGUGGUUGAUGACAUCAAGACUUUUAAGCUGCUUUAGGUCUUAAAGACUCUUAACAAGUGAAAUCAUAAUUAACUUGAGAUUAAAGUAAUUUAGAGUUGGU